GGAGGACGAGGAGGAGGAGGGGAGGAAGGAGGUGGGGAAAGACCUGCUCCCAUUGCCAGGCUCGGCAGCAGCCUUGGCCGCGGCUGCGGGAGCCGCUCUCCCAACUUGGUGGCCACGGGGGCGAGGGCGGCCGCCCGGGGACCCCCGCCUCACCGCCCAGGCCCAGCGGCCGUGGGGAUCCGAGCCGCUGCUCAUCCCCUGGCCGGCGCAGCUGAAAACGGCCGGACGCCGGCCCCACCGGUGCCCCGGGGCUCGCAGACCACCGUGCCCCCGGGGGGGGGAAUUUAGCGCGCCCCCCGAAUGCCACCGGGAAGCCCGGAGCAUCUCGUUGCUAGCUCGGAGCCCGGCCCCGCUCCCGAACGCCGCCGCCGGCAGCCCUCGGCGUGAGCGGGCGGGCGGCCCUUUCCCCGCGGCGGGAUGGCCCCCGCCGCCCCGUGAGGGUCCAGGCCUCCCCGCCGGCGCCCGCCGGGUGGGGCUUCGCCGCCGCCUCCCCGCCAUGCUGCUGGGCCCCUGGCUGGUGGCGGCGGCGGCGGCGGCGGCGGUAGCGGCGGGCGCCGGGGCGGGCUGCCCGGUGCUGUGCACGUGCCGCGGGCAGGCGGUGGACUGCAGCGGGCAGCGGCUCUUCUCGGUGCCCCCCGAGCUGCCGCUGGACACCGGCAACCUCAGCCUGGCCCACAACCGCAUCGCCAGCAUCCCGCCGGGAUACCUGGCCUGCUACGGCCAGCUGCGGGCCCUCGACCUGCGCAACAACUCGCUGGCGGCCCUGCCGGCCGGGCUCUUUCUGGGGGCUCGCCGGCUGGCCCACCUCGACCUCAGCUACAACAACUUCAGCCUGGUGGCGGCCGACAUGUUCCUGGAGGCCAGCGGGCUGCUGCGCCUCGACCUCAGCCACAACCCCGGCCUGCGGCGGGUGCACCCCCAAGCUUUUCGGGGGCUGGCCCAGCUGCGGGAGCUGGAUCUCAGCUACGGGGGGCUGUCGGCCAUCAGCCUCGACGCCCUGGAGGGGCUGCCGGGGCUGGUGGGCCUCCGCCUGGGAGGCAACCCCUGGGUGUGCGGCUGCGCCAUGGAGCCCUUCCUCAAAUGGCUGCGGGGACGCAUCCAGCGCUGCGCGUCGGAUUCGCAGCUGGCUGAGUGCCGGGCCCCCCCCGAGGUGGCGGGAGCCCCCCUGCUCUCCCUGACGGAGGAGAGCUUCCAGGCCUGCCACCUCACGCUGACGCUGGACGACUAUCUCUUCAUCGCCUUCGUCGGCUUCGUCGUCUCCAUCGCCUCGGUGGCCACCAACUUCCUGCUGGGCAUCACCGCCAACUGCUGCCACCGCUGGAGCAAGGCCAGCGAGGACGAGGACAUUUAGGUACCGCCGCCACCGUUGCCGACGUCCCCCCAGCCCGGCCGCCCCGGCAGGGACGCCUGACUGUGCCUUGUCCUCGUCCCCUCCCGCCGCUCCCCUGUGCCAGGGUGGCCCUCGAGAGGAGACGCCGGCCCAGCUGCGGUGGGGGAGACCGGGAGACGGAUCCUCUUCCUUUUGCCCCAGAACAGGGAGGUUUAGCCCCAAAACGGGGAGGUUUUGCCCCAGCAAGCACCCUCCAGGAUUGCCCCUCCCCAGCACCAUGAGCUUGGACCACCCCCCCCCCCGGUUCCUGCUACCCAGGGUCGGUGGAGGCAGCGGCACGGGGUCCCACGGGAGCCUCUGCGCAGUGCCAGUCGGUGGAGGCCGGGGGCUCCAGCUGGGGAGCAGCCCCCCCAGCUUGGGGGAGAGAGAGAGAGAGAGAGACCCCCCCAAAAGCGGCAUGCGUGUGCCUUGGGGGAUGCCAGCCCUGGGGGAAAACCAAGGAAAUCCCCGCUUUCAGCCCGAAAGCAGCAUCGGUGGAGCCCCUCCCCGAAUCCUGCCCACACUCUUCAGCCUCCCCGAAAAGCCGGGGGGGGGGAGCCAAGCCCAGGACCCCGUGCCAGCACCCAGCUCAGCACCACCGCUCCUGUGGGAGGGACCCAGGGGAUGCCUGCGCCUUGCCGGUGACACCGGGCUGUGCUGGGACAGCACCAGGGCCGUCGUGCCUGGCAGCGGGCCAAGCUGUGAGCAUCUGCCGGGGACAGCUUUCCCAGCCACGUUUCGGUCCUUGCCUUUCUCUUCCAAAGUCUCACACAGGUUCAGGGCCAAACCGGGCACUGAGCAUCGCCCGGUGGCUGGGGGACCCCAUCGCCUCGUCCCUGCUUGCCGAUGUGGGAAGGUUGGGAGGCAAAAGGAACGCCAAAAAAAAAAAGAC